AUGAACGAACCAAAUAAUAAAAAUCGCGUCGUCAUUUUUUAUUGUUUUCUCUUAUGUUUAUUACAAAUACCGACAUUAACAAAUGCACACGGAGGUAUUGAUGAUGGGGAUUCAGCAACCCCUACAGAUGCUCCCUCGACCCACAGCGGAUCAUUAGCUCAGGGAAAUAUUGGUCUCGGAUUCGGAUUGACUGCAAUUGCAGCGGUCGCAUGUGUAAUUGGCUCAUUGGCUCCAUUCCUCGAUGAUCUCUUUCCGCUACUCCCAUUCCUAAAAGAUUUUCGCAUCACUCAGUCAAAGGGGUUCUUGGCCGGUUCACUUUCUCUGGCUGCUGGUAUUCUAUUAAAUCUAGCAUUGGGAGAUUUAUUUCCGGAAGCAGUUUCCGACUUUAGCACUUCGAAUUUGUUUCCAGCGAAAUGGAGUCGAAUGGUUGCUACGGCUAUAUUUGUUGUUACUAUUACUCUUUUGAUCAUUACCAAAAAAAUAUUCGGCAAACAUGCUCAUAUUCACCAGCAUAGUGACUCUAAUGAUAAUGUCACUAAAGAGAAUCUAACUAACAUUAAUAAUAACGAGAAAGUUGACCACCAAAGUCAUCAAACUAGUACCGUUCAAGAUUCGCAAGAUUUGGAAGCAAAGAGACUAAAGACUCUUGGAAUUCAGAUUGCUAUUGCUUUGACGAUUCACAAUUUCCCCGAAGGAUUAGCAACAUUUGCCACAACAAUAGUAUCUUCUGAUAUUGGCAUCCUCUUUGGUAUUGCACUUGCAUUACAUAAAUUUCCUGAAGGUUUAAUCGUAGCACUACCAAUUUAUUAUGCAACCGAAUCCCGAUGGAAAGCAUUCAUGAUCGCCGCAACUGCUGGCGCAAUUUCACAAAUGCUUGGGGCAUUAUUCGGAUACAUUGUUUUCGUUACAUAUUGGAACGAUGCAGUUCCGGGAUUCUUGUUCUCAAUCGUGUCUGGUGUUUUAUUGUACACUGUUCUCCAUAGUAUGUUACCGAUGGCACGUCACUAUGAUCCUGAGGAUCGGUAUUGUACCAUUUGGGUAUUCGUUGGUGUCUUCUUCUUCGGAAUUGUUAAUUCGAUCUUUGAUGUUUCUGGUGCUGAUGCAUGA